AUGCAGUUGACCUUACCGAUCACCGCAAUCAUCCAGACAUUCAUGAUGGUGAUUCACAGCUUCCACAGCAUCCGUACUGUCUCAGCCAUGGAUGCAAACGGGUGCUAUGAGAAGGGAGCACUGUGGGAUGACCUCGGUACUUGGGACGACAUCGAAAAGGCUCUUGACAGCGACCCUAUCUACAACACAGGGUACCUCAACACGGACAGUGACCCAGUAAAAUCAAAUAUCCACAUCGGUGAACACUGCUUCAUCUUCCACAUUACUGUGGCCUCGGGACAUACGAAUGGAGGCCACUUGUUUGUCACGGAAAUGCUCAGGCAUAUCUACGACAACUGUGGUCAUGGGGGUGUGCAGAAAGUCGGGCAAAUCGAGAACAACGUCAAGAUUGGCACGUUUUGGGUGAAGGGUGAUCCGCAGGGCAGCUCGGAUUGUUGA